UAUAUAUUUAUUAAUCAUUUAAUUUAAUCAGAAUCCACAUAACCUGGAGAAGGACGGCAAUCUAUCCUCAAGCUGGAUUAAAUGUUCAAUUUUUUUGUUAAAAGUAAAUUUUAACAAAGAUUUACUGUCUGUCCAUGUCCUGCUGCCUGUUCUUACAAUACUUAACUAACUAAGGAUAUCAAGGACAUAAUUUCACUUUGUUAAAUCUUCAAGCCAUGUCUGACGCCAAUAAAAAUAUGAAAAAAGGAGCCAAGUGCAGCAGUCCGCAGAGUGGAGAAAGCAGCAAAAAAGGAGCCCCCAUCCAGAGGUUGAGAAAGACCGUUUGGUAUACCAUUGACAAGGUUCUGGAGGAGACCGUUUGUCCCAGCUGUGGCAGAGCGAUGACCGCGUUCAAAAAUCCCAUUGCCCAUGUGAAAAAGUGUUUUAGCAUUAGGAGACUCGGAACCGUGUACAGACUCCAUGGCUACACGGAGUGCAAAUGCGGUCUUCUCAUAUCCGACAAGCCAAAAGCCAAGAAGCUCCAUGUUUGUGUGGGUGCAGUUCCAGAUUUUGACCCAGCCCUCUCAUUUGAACCAGAGGAGCCUUUGCCUGAAUCGCCUAAGCCUGCAUCGUCCAAGCUUGCAUCGUCUAAGCAUGCACCUUCGCCUGCAAAGCACCAGCCCUUGAAGAGUUUGGAGCACAAAGUGCUACAGCCAAAAGCUGAAGUAUGGAUACGCAACUUUGUAACUCCCAUUAAAGUUGACUACACCGAGAUGCCAGAAGUGGAAAAGCAGACAUUCAAACACAAUCCCAAUCUCAAGCCAAAGCCGCGGGUGCGCAACUUUGAUAGGCGAACGAUUUGCCAACAGCCCGACGAUGUAUGCGUCUAUUCCAUAAUUCGCAAGAAUGGAGCUAUCUCGAUAGCGGUGCAUUCUCCCGAAUCAAAGCGAGCGGUCAAUGAGAACAAUGAGAUGGAAAUCGGAAAAGCUGCUCCACGCCUGCCAACGGUUCCAAGGAAGCGCCCCUUAUGAGUUUUAUCGCUUAAUAAUAGCAUAUAAUUAUUACAAUAGGACUCGACGAACGCUACUGCUAGCCAUUAGUUUAACAAAUACAUACAAAUUAUAUUAUAUUUGUCGUGAAAGUUUUCUCUUUAAGCGGCUGGAAUAAUU